AUGAAAGUGGUGGCCUUAGGAGAAGUGCCUGAUGGGACGGUGGUCACCGUCAUGGCUGGAAACGAUGAGAACUACUCUGCAGAGCUGCGAAACGCUUCUGCCGUGAUGAAGAACCAGGUGGCCAGAUUUAAUGACUUACGAUUUGUGGGCAGAAGUGGAAGAGGGAAGAGCUUUACUUUGACAAUAACUGUCCUGACAAAUCCCCCCCAAGUCGCUACAUACCACAGAGCUAUAAAGGUUACAGUGGAUGGGCCAAGGGAGCCAAGAAGGCACAGACAGAAGCUUGAUGACUCUAAACCUAGUUUGUUCUCUGAACGCCUCAGUGAUUUAGGGCGCAUUCCUCAUCCCAGUAUGAGAGUAGGGGUCCCGACCCAGAGCCCACGGCCCUCUCUGAACUCUGCACCAAGUCCUUUUAAUCCACAAGGACAGAGUCAGAUUACAGACCCCAGGCAGGCGCAGUCAUCUCCACCAUGGUCCUAUGACCAGUCUUACCCAUCGUACUUGAGCCAGAUGACUUCACCGUCCAUUCACUCCACGACUCCCCUGUCCUCCACUCGAGGCACAGGACUUCCAGCCAUCACCGAUGUGCCCAGACGCCUCUCAG